GGCUGCGGCGGAUCAUGCCCAUGGUGUAGCCGCCAAGCGGAGGCAUGGCUGCCGGAAGGUUACUGCUCUAUACGGGCCUCUCGCUAGCGCUCUGCGCCCUCGGCAUGCUGGCCGUGGCCAUCUGCUCGGACCACUGGUACGAGACGGACGCCAGGAAGCACAGGGACAGGUGCAAGGCCUUCAACACCCGCCGGGUCGACCCCGGCUUCAUUUACAACAACAACAACAACUUGCCGCUCCGGGCGAGCCGCUCGCGCCUGGACCGCUGGGAGGGCAAACUCCUCCGGGCCCGGAACCGCCGGCAGCUCUUCGCCAUGAGCCCGGUUGACGAGUGCAGCCGGCAGUACAACUCCACCAACAUGGGCCUCUGGAGGAAGUGCCACCGGCAGGGCUUCGACCCCGAGAUCGCAGCCCUCAUUCGGAAAGGAGAAAUUGAGCGAUGCACGUACAUCAAAUACCACUACUCCUCAGCCACCAUCCCCAGGAACCUCACUUUCAACAUCACGAAGACCAUCCGUCAGGAUGAGUGGCAUGCCCUUCACCUGCGCAGGAUGACAGCCGGCUUCAUGGGCAUGGCGGUGGCCAUCAUUCUCUUCGGCUGGAUCGUCGGCGUGCUGGGCUGCUGCUGGGACCGAGGCCUUAUGCAGUAUGUGGCAGGGCUUCUCUUCCUCAUGGGAGGAACCUUCUGCAUCAUUUCACUGUGCACCUGUGUGGCUGGAAUCAACUUCGAGCUGUCACGCUACCCACGCUACCUGUAUGGACUCCCCGAUGACAUCAGCCACGGCUACGGAUGGUCCAUGUUCUGUGCGUGGGGGGGCCUGGGCCUCACACUAAUCUCGGGAUUCUUCUGUACCUUGGCCCCUUCUGUCCAACCUGUCCCGAGGACCAACUGCCCUAAAUCCAGACCCGAGAAUGGGACAGUGUGCUAAAAAACA